GUUGUGUAGGAAAUUCGCUUUUCUUGACUCCUUGUAGGAAGGCUUGACAGACCUCCCAAACUCCUUGAGUUAUCUGAAAGUGUGCCACUAUGUCAAAGGAUAUAUUCAACUAAGGAGAUCACAUCUUAAGUCAUCGAUUAGGAAAUCUUUGCCAGGUGACCUUAAAGACUCUGGAUUACUAAAGCAAAGCGAGCAUUAAUGUCAAGCCAAGGAAACUACGUACAGAUGUGUGCAUGAUAGUACUGGAUUCUGGAGUGAGGAUAAUUCAUGUUCUAUAAUCUGACUGGUGUGCAUGUCCUUACAUUUGGGAGAGAGCAGUAUGACUCUCCAGUGGUUGAUUUUUAUCUGCUUGCUUGUUGGAUGGUUUCCAGGUAGCAGCUUUGCUCAGAAUCGUACACAAAUUGGUGUGAGAGAUAGUGGACAGCUGUGUCCAUAUCUUUGGAAUCUCAGUGCAGAUGUAGGGGACAAUGGAACCUGCUUCCGGGCAUUCUUCCAAGAGGCGGCCAAUUGGUCGCAAGCAUUAAGGAUUUGCCGGCAACAUGAUGGGUUCCUUCUCAAAGCAACCAAGGACUUAAAAUUUAAAAUCCCAUCUGUUUUGAGUAAUUUCGAACUUGAGUAUGUGUGGACAGGACUCCACAUCCAUCCUCGCACAGGUAAACUGAUAUGGGAUGAGAUUGAGGAAAGGGUUCUUCAGUCAUCAGACAUUGAGGAAUUUUCUGUUAUGAACAUGAUGAGUUGGUCAAGCGGACAGCCAAACAUGACCAGUGGAAGAUGUGUGCUUGCCAAUGUGAAGAAUGAUCAGUUUCGCACAGUCCAAUUUUCACUACACAAUUGCUCCGACAAGCGCCCAUUCAUUUGCCAAAGAGAACCGAUUUUGCCUAAAGUUGAAACAGGUCACCCAUGCUCUGAAGGGUGGUAUGGUGGAACAUACUUGGACAAGUGUUACAGCAUUAGUUUACAGCGAUUGACACAUUCAAUGGCAGAGAAAAAUUGCAGCCGGAUUAGGAACGCUGGGAACCUAGGCACACUUGUCUCUCCAUCAUCAGUCCUUGUAGAAGCUUACAUCAGGAACAUGAUUAAGCCGGGCCCGGGAGCAGAAACAGGCUUCUGGACUGGUCUGAAAUACAAUACUUCCGCUCGGGAUUACUUCUGGGAAGAUGGAACACGAGUCAAUAAUAAUAUGAUGUCCCCAAAUUCAUUAAAUUGGACCGAGGGCAAAAAUUGUGGGAUUAUUUACUUAGACUCAGCACAGGGCCAGUCUUCAUUGCGUUGGAAGUGGGAAGAUUGUAAUCAAGAAGCAUACCAAAUUUGUGAACUUCCCAAAACAAAAAGAAGCUACCAGGCCACACUUAAGCUGAAAACUGCCACAGGUGAAGUGUCUGGUGGUAAAAACAAAUAUGGGGGAGACAGACCUGUGGAGGUGCCUAAAGGUCAACUGAACUUCAUAAUAACCAACCUCAGCCCUGAAUCAAAAGCAGUUUUUCUUUGGAACUGGGAGGUAGUUUUCUCAAAUCUGUCAAUGGAAUUACAAGGAUAUUACUUCUACAACACAUGGGAGUUGCAUCCAUUGAAGAAAAAGACCACAAACCAGAUACUCAUUGUCCAUCCAGAUUACCUGACUUUCAGAUGCCGGCUGGAUAUUUCUAACCUCUUUACACUGAUGGAUCUCAGUGUGACUAAGUUUAACCUGUUUCAACACCCAGCUUCGUUAGAUGGGUCAUUUCAGGUCUUGGUUAACUCCUUGAGGAGAUUGUCAGGAAGAGUACGUGAGAUUGCGGGCUGGGAAACAGUAGAGUUGACCCUGAGACACUUCAGCUACCUAGGACCAAACAGGACACAUCUAAUGGCGCAUUUUAAUGCCACUGUGAAACUUCGGUCUAACACAGCUGACCGAUUAGAGGCUGCAGUAUUGAGGAUUUUACAAGAGCAAUGAAGACCGCUAUUAGAGAGGAAGCCAAUGGAAUGGAGCUAAGGAAUGGGGAUGUUAACAAAGUUUUGGACUCCCUGGAAGUUCUACCUACCCGUAAAUGUGUGGAACUAAGAGACAAGUCAUCAGCAGGAUUACCUUUUGGUCUACCAGGUGAAACCUACAGAUCAGAAGAAACCUGUAAAGAAU